AUGCCCUAUGCGCUUCAGCUUAUGGCUCAGUUUAUCGAGUUGGAUAAUGCAUCCUCAGAUGACAUCAUGGAAAUAUGCUUGUCACAAGACUUGGAUUCCGAAAAUCUUGCAGGCCUAGUUCGUUUGAUUCAGACAGUGUUGCCUAUUGCACCUGAGACCUUUAUUCAUGUGUUGCCAUAUGCUCUGACGAUAUCAAAAAGACUAGUCUCAUCACCAAGGACUGAGAAGCAAUGUAACAGAACAGUAAAGUUUCAGAAAGCUCUUCUAUUGUUCUUCUCGCUGCUUGUGGUGGUUAAGGGAGGAGGUUACCUAGAGGAGAGUAUCAAUUCAAUUCAGGAGAACUUGUUCUUGGACUUCCUCCAUGCUAUCUGGAUACCGAGCCUGAAAUCCAUCAUGGGGGAGAAUCAUGAGAGGAAGCUGGCUGCUGUUGCAGCAACCAAGGUGUUAGGCGACCUGAAGUAUCAUCAAAAUCCACAAGCAGCAACAAGAUGGGGGAAAAUGCUCAACAGUGUAAUCAGUUUGGUACUAUGUCCUGAAAAAACUGAAGAUGUUGGUGACAGUGAAAACUCUUUGAUCAUCCACAAUGCUAUCAGGAAAGAAGAUCAUGCUGAAGGCAUAAAGGAUCCAAAGGAACAUCUAGUUCAUGCAGUGUCUCAUCUUUCCCGUCUUGAUCAUCCUGGUAUGUUGCAAAGCAUCAUCGCUGAGAACCUCGACCAGCCUAACAAGGUAGCUUGGGAUCAGCUAUGCACUGCUUACAAAGCAAGCUGUGGCUUCUAG